CCUCACAUCUCCACCGCCCCAUACACGUAUUCUUUGAAUAGAACAAUCUCUCUCAAUCAUUGAAGCUUAUUCAAAACAAUGUUUUUUCAUCUCUAAAUCGACAGGUUUCUUCAUAGUUUUGAAGGAGCUCCACCUGCUUACCUCGCCCUCUUCCUUUGUCUCGGGUAUCUCCAGCGUCGAAGAAGAAGAAGAGGGGGAGGAGAGGAAGGAGGAGAAGGGUGUACCUGAGACCUCCAGCCGCACAUCUUCGCUCCUGUGUGGUAGAAACACAAACACCCCUGUAGUUACACCGGAGCACAUUGAUGACUGAACGGCAGAAUUGCAACUGAAGAAGUGCUUUUUAGGAACUCGAACAGAAAUAUAUCUUUUUUUUUUCCUCUUACGAAUUUCACUGGACUACACUAAGAAGAUGCUUCUUAUGGUGCUUACCCUGCUGGGGGGCAUGACCGAAGCAGCGGCCCCGGCAGCGGACAGGAGCUGCUCCGACUUGCGCCAGUUCUACACCGGGAAAGGCUUCACCCUGGCCGGGGUACCACAAACGGAGACCUCUGGUGAACACCUGAGGACGUGUCCACAGGGUCCGACUUGUUGUACCAACAGCAUGGAGGAAAACCUUGAGGGUCUAAGCGCACGAGAGACUGAAGCUUUGAUCAGGGAGGCCGGCAGAUCGCUGCAGGCCUCCUUCAAUACUCUCUACAGAAGCUUUGACACGUAUUUUACUGAACUUCACAGUCGUUCCGAACGCUCCCUCCAGGAGGCUCUAUCUCCCCUUGGCCCCCUAUACUCUCAGAAUACAAGACUCUACGGGGAUUUGUACUCCGACUUGAGACAGUACUACCGUGGUUCUGCUCUUAACUUGGAUGAGACGUUGACUGAAUUCUGGUCACACCUUCUGGAGCGCACCUUCAAGAGCUCAACCCCCAGAGAUGUCACCCUGUCAGAAGACUACCUUGAGUGUGUUGCUAAGCAACAGGAGACUUUGCAACCAUUUGGAAAUGUCCCACGGGACAUGAAAGCAAAGGUCAUACGGGCUUUUGUCACAGCCAGGUCAUUUGUCCAGGGGCUGAUCGUCAGUGGGGAGGUCGUCCGAAAGGUCUCACAGGUUCCUCUGAGUCCAGAAUGCGUGAAGGCCUUGAUGAAGCUGGUUUACUGUCCACAUUGUCGUGGCCUCGCCUCUGUCAAACCAUGUGCCAACUACUGCUCCAACGUCAUGAAGGGCUGCCUGGCUAACCAAGCUGAUCUGAAUCCUGAGUGGCAGAAUCUUAUCGAUACCAUGAUCCAGGUGGCAUCCAGUUUCAGCACAGAGCCCAGCCUGGAUGUGGUUCUAUCCUCCAUUCCUGCUCAGAUCUUUGAGGCUGUCCACCUACUACAGGACAACAUUGACACAUUCACAGCCAAAGUGUACCAAACAUGUGGAAGUCCAGGUGAAACUGGCACAGGAAGUCCUCCACUUCACGAGCCAAAGAAAAAAAAGAGCGGCUCUCUGACAGCCUCGGAAUACAAACCCUCUCCCACUGCAGGUCUCAGACUCGAGAUGCAGGUGUCCGAUCUCUCCAGUAAAUUAAGGGAGAUGAGGCAGUAUUGGCUCCAACUCCCUGUAGCACUUUGCAGUAAGUUGGCAGCAGGUGGCAACAAUCAGGAUAAAUGUUGGAAUGGCAUGACCAAAGCCAGGUACCUACCUGAAGUGAUGGGUGAUGGCUUAGCCAACCAGAUCAACAAUCCAGAGGUGGAACUUGACAUCACUAAGCCAGAUAUGACAAUCCGUCAACAGAUCAUGCAACUAAAAAUUACCAGCAACAGAUUAAAAAAUGCUCUGGAUGGCAAUGAUGUGGAUUUCCAGGAUACAAGUGAUGACAUCAGCGGCUCAGGAAGCGGUAUGUGCCUAAGUGGCCAAUGUCCUCGAAGUAGACCGGGAUUGUACGCCUAUCCUGCAGACAACAACCAAGUCAUCGGUGCAGCCACAUGCCAAAGCCGACUGUGUCACCGCCUACCACUGCUCCUACUGGCCGUCCUGUUACUUUGUCGAUGACGCGCUACUGCCUGCCUGACCCUGAAGUCCACAAAAAGGACUGGACCAUGGGAUGGGUCAACUGAGUUCAGUGGAAUGAAGAUAGAAUUGCAACUUUACAGAAAAAAAAUGAUUGGAAUGGCAAACACUGGCUCCUGUUUUUCUCCAUUCUAUUAUAGUUUGAUUCCGUCCUUUUGUUGAGCUGGUUUCAAGGAAUUUCCAGGAAGGGAAUCAUGUAGACAAUGACACACAGUGGAGGUAGUGAUGAUGAAAAGACUGACAACUGAUGAUGAAGAAUGGAAUGUGGGUAAUGAGUUAUGGACUUCUUACAAGGUCCUGUUAAUAGGGACUGAGCUCAGUGACAAAUGCUGUGUUGGCCCUUUAUGUGAUGUGUUCAUCAAGGCUUUUUCCAUGUCAUUUUAUUUUUCUACCUGUGAACAAAACUGUGUAAGGUGUAAAUGUGUGUCUUACAUUCACUGUAAGUAUCUUUGCAUACAUCGGCUACCAGACUGGCACCAUAAUAAGCCAUGGAUGUACAGUGCAUAUUGUUGAAAACUGUAUUGGGAAUGAACCCCCCAUUACCUGUGAUGUAACUGUCAAGAUGUUGUGGUGUGUGUGUGUGUGUGUGUGUGUGUGUGUGGUAUAGGAUUUAUUUGCAUUGCUGCAGAAAAAUAAUCACCUUCUUUAAAUGUAUGAGAUAUGACUGCAAAUUUUACAGUUCAUCCACAGAUUUCAAGAUGUCAUCAAAGCACUUAUAAGCAAAGCACAGACAAGCAAUUUCACGGAAUCAAUGAUUUUAUCUUGCUAUGAUGGACAACCCCCCCCCCCCCCCCACUACUGAUAAAGCAUGUCUGAACACACUCAACAAAAACUCUAAGGGAUUGACUUCACGCCUACAUUUAUCCACUGAUCCAUAUGACGUUUUCAGAAGCAACACAAGAGAAUUAGCAGGGGAUAAAGGCAAACCAAAGCAUUUCUUACUUUUUUAAACACUAGACUGAAUAUACUACCAUGAUAACAACAAAUAAAAGCAAAAUCAUAAGGAAUUCAAACUGAAAACUAUCAUUUGAGAAUAUCGUACCGUAAUGCAGCAAAAUGUUGAUUAUACUAUACAUUCAUUGUCAAUGCCGCUUGCCCUUACUAGGGUUGUAGGGGUAUGCUGGAGCCUAUCCCAGUCUCCCUGUCAGUCAAAAGGCACAUUGAGACAAAUAACCAUUCACACACAAUCACACCUAUGGAUAAUUGAGAGUCUCCUAUUACCAUAACAUGCAUGGUUUUGGACUGUGGGUGGCAACCGACACACGGGGAAAAGCCUGCAAACUCCACAUGAACACAGAGAGUACAUGCAUACUCCACAUAGAGAGGUCUGAGUUCGCUGUGAUGCAGAUUUGGUAACCACAUGCUCCACUGUGCUGCCCUGGUUUCAAAUAUGACGCAGUAUGUACUGCAGAAUGUUGAUUGUUUUCAUGGCACAAAAUACAGAAAAUCUGUACUAUAGGCCUUGCUUUAUUUGAGUCUAUAGGACUCAAUACUGUGAUUCCCCUGUUAUACACAUGGAGUUAAAGUGACAUGUGUAUGUUUUUUAUGUUACAAAUCACAUAUCUCACACAUUAAACUCUGAUUGUAUCAGUCAAUUUGGUCACAAAUUAGUGUUUCUACAAUUAUAAUGAUGGCAGAGCAUUUGGAGUGAAAAAGAAGAAGCUCAGCGCGGGGAUCAAGCUGCACCUUCUGCUUUUAAAGGUAGCAGCUGUACCAUGACACCACCAGGAGUUAACAGAUAAAUUUGGCUAUUUUAUUCUCAUUGUGAUAGACGCAGAAUGAGUGGCAACAAGUGUGGUGUCAGAUUACUUGUUUCUUUUUUCCCUACCCUGCCUUUGGCAAAUGAAUGCCUCCUGGCAUACCCUUUGCACAUUUGCCGAGAAUGCGCCCCCUUAUUCAAAAAGCUCCUGGCUUUUUAAGUAAAUACAACAAUAUCACCACAUUUCAUU